GCGUGAGACUCGUGAUCCUUCCGCCGCUUCCCUUCUUCAUUGACUCGGAAAAAAAUCCCCGAGGAAAAUAUAAUAAUCUAAGUACUUAUUUUCAAUCAAGUUACCUGCCGCCGUUUCACGUGAUAUAUAUAUUUUUAAGGUUCCCCCUCACCGCCCUUUUUCUCCCUUCCUAGAAGAGGGAGGUGGAAGAAUUAUAUUUUUCCCCAGCUCUAAAUCAUAUGUUAAAUAUCCGUACCGAUCUGUCUUGAAGGAGAAAUACAUCGCUGGCUUUUUAAAAAAAUAGCUAUAGAAAAGGCGUGGAAAACCAAGAGAACGAAGUCUUUUUUUUUUUUUUUUCCUUUUCCUUUUUCUCGUGAGAGACUUAAUGCUGCAUUUAUCGUUAACCUAACGCCCCAACAUAAAACAAAAGGAAGAAAAGGAGGAAGGAAAAGGUGAUUCGGGAAGAGCAAUCAUGUCGGGGCGGCCGAGAACCACCUCCUUUGCAGAGAGCUGCAAGCCAGUGCAGCAGCCUUCGGCUUUUGGCAGCAUGAAAGUUAGCAGAGACAAAGAUGGCAGCAAGGUGACCACAGUGGUGGCAACUCCUGGGCAGGGUCCAGACAGGCCACAAGAAGUCAGCUAUACAGACACGAAAGUGAUUGGAAAUGGGUCAUUUGGUGUGGUAUAUCAAGCCAAGCUAUGUGAUUCGGGAGAACUGGUUGCCAUCAAGAAAGUAUUGCAAGACAAGAGAUUUAAGAACCGAGAGCUCCAGAUCAUGAGGAAGCUAGAUCACUGUAACAUAGUCCGAUUACGUUAUUUCUUCUACUCCAGUGGUGAGAAGAAAGAUGAGGUCUACCUUAAUCUGGUGCUGGACUACGUUCCAGAAACAGUGUACAGAGUUGCCAGACACUAUAGUCGAGCCAAACAGACGCUCCCUGUGAUCUAUGUCAAGUUGUAUAUGUAUCAACUGUUCAGAAGUUUAGCCUAUAUCCAUUCCUUUGGAAUCUGCCAUCGGGAUAUUAAACCGCAGAACCUCUUGUUGGAUCCUGAUACAGCUGUAUUAAAACUAUGUGACUUUGGAAGUGCAAAGCAGCUGGUCCGAGGAGAACCCAAUGUUUCAUAUAUCUGUUCUCGGUACUAUAGGGCACCAGAGUUGAUCUUUGGAGCCACUGAUUAUACCUCUAGCAUAGAUGUAUGGUCUGCGGGCUGUGUGUUGGCUGAGCUGUUACUAGGACAACCAAUAUUUCCAGGGGACAGUGGUGUGGAUCAGUUGGUAGAAAUAAUCAAGGUCCUUGGAACACCAACAAGGGAGCAAAUUAGAGAAAUGAACCCAAACUACACAGAAUUCAAAUUCCCUCAAAUUAAGGCACAUCCUUGGACAAAGGAUUCGUCAGGAACAGGACAUUUCACCUCAGGAGUGCGGGUCUUCCGACCCCGAACUCCACCAGAGGCAAUUGCACUGUGUAGCCGUCUGCUGGAGUAUACACCAACUGCCCGACUGACACCACUGGAAGCUUGUGCGCAUUCAUUUUUCGAUGAAUUACGGGACCCAAAUGUCAAACUACCAAAUGGGAGAGACACACCUGCACUCUUCAACUUUACCACUCAAGAACUGUCAAGUAAUCCACCUCUGGCUACCAUCCUUAUUCCUCCUCAUGCUCGGAUUCAAGCAGCUGCAUCAACCCCUACAAAUGCCACAGCAGCCUCAGAUGCUAAUGCUGGAGACCGUGGACAGACCAAUAAUGCCGCUUCUGCAUCAGCUUCCAACUCCACCUGAACAGUCCCGAGCAGCCAGCUGCAUAGGAAAAACCACCAGUUACUUGAGUGUCACUCAGCAACACUGGUCACGUUUGGAAAGAAAAUUAAAAAGAGAAAAAAAAAACCUGUUCAUUUUAGUGUUCAAUUUUUUUAUUAUUGUUCUUAUUUAACCUUGUAAAGUAUCUAUAAAUACAAUUUCAUUCAGAAGACUUUGCGGGAGACCCAGGGGUGGGAGGGGUUAUGGGAAGGGGGAAAGUGGAGCAGUAGAACACAUAAUCUCUCUCCCACGACAAUCUUUUUUUUUUUUUUUAAAUCAAAAGUCUGCUAUUGUAUACUUUAAAAACAGGACUUCUGCCUCGUGCCCCUUCCACAAAAGAAGAAAACUUUGUUCUGUGCUAAGGGUUUUGUUUUGAACUUUGUUUUCUUUGAAAGUCUAAUGUAAGACUUUGAUAUAGUGCACAGCUUGAAAUUGGUUGGGAGCUUAGCAGGUAUAACUUAGUGGGGACUUACGUGUCACUUGUAAAAUUAAUCCAUAUCCUCUGGUAUUAGAAGGCCUGCCCUGACAUGUUGGUGGCAGCUGUGGCAGACAAAACUGAAAUGUGAAUCACAUGUAACCCAGCGAUGUUGGUGAAGUUUGAAGCCAUGAGGGCAAGAUUCUCAGAUGAGUGAUGAAGGUUUGUUUGGCUCUUAGUCAGUGCUAGUAGUGAAGAAGCAAUCGGAGGAAUCGGCGGCUGCCAAAGAGAAGUAGCAAACAGAACUCUGGCCUGUGCGCUCCAUGGUGGAUCUUUGUUCCCCUGACCAAAGAUUCUUUGCAAUCUUCAGACAGUUUUAAGUUGGUGACCUAGGACUACCUAUAAGUGUGUUGAGGCCAAAAGGCUGCAGAGGUCAAAGGCUGAUGAGGCUAGAAGGCGGCGACAGGCCAGGGGCACAUCUCACCACUGUGAAUGAGCUUGUCCAGACUUUCUCUAAAGUCACUUCCCUUGGAAAGAUACACUUAAGGAGGACAUUAUAGUUGAAUAAUGUGAACCGUAACCAUCUACUGCUUUAUUUUUUUGUAUUUUUAAUUGAGAAACAAGCUUGCAGAAAUUGCCAUAGCUAUACAUAAUUCUAAUUCUAAAUUCAAAUCUAGAAUCUAUUUAAUUUCAGCUUUUUUAACCUCAUGCUUUUUAAAUUUAUUUAUUGAUGCAUGUCAGAUAGGCCAUUAUGAUUUUAGAUGGUAGGAAUACACAUCAAAAUAAUGAUCACCUGUACCUGCUGACUUUAUAGGAAAACUGACUAUAUAAAUGUAUGUAUAUAUGUUAUAUAUACAUGUACCCAAUACUGCCUUUUCUUUUUUGUCUACAUGGUAUCAAAAUUGAUUGGUUGAAGCAUGAGAAGAAUGUGUCCACCACCCACCCACCCAGUUAAAAAUUUUUGUUUGUUUUCUUUCUCAGUGAAUGGUGUAAGAAUCAGUCUCUUGUUUGUGAAGAAAAAGCAAUAUUCCUUGGAAAGCAAGGAUUGGAGGAUUACAUUUGCAGUGAGGGAGUAGAUUUUCACAAGUUGUUUGUUUUCUAUUUUUAAGGUUGAUAUCUCUGUGGGCCUUAUAUACUCUAAAAUGAACCUUAGUCACCUUGGUGCUUAUGGGCCAUUACUUGACCUAUGAAUCUUUAAGGCACAAUCAGUUACAUUUUACAUUUAAAGAUCCCUUGAGUGAUGGCCGCCUUUCCCUCCUACCCACUCCUUCACACACCUUCCAGGGUUAGCUGGUAACUGUAGACCUAAGAGCUGAGCCCUAGGAUGUGUGGAACCGCCCGUCACCCUUGUCAUUGCAACCUGAGAUCGUGUUAGGGCGGCUCGCCUUCCAGGUGGUUAGGAAGUAGAGCUUCUUGGCAGGCCUCCCGCGGGCCCUAGGACUCUGCCCUGCUUCUUCACCCUGUUUGUGAAGAGAGUCAUGCUGCCUGUUGAAGUGAAUCAGUACGCAGAAAGACAGCUGUGAGCCAUCUUAGUUCUCACUCACUGUUUAGCUAAGCGUAGGCAACGGAAGGGGCUUCUGAAACCUCUGGUUAUACCACAGUGCGUGAGAAAGGAGACAUGCUCAGUCAAACCAAAUCAAAUUUCAUUUUACUUUUUAUAAAGUGCUUCUGAGAGCUAAUGAGGACUUGAAAAAAGUCUGAAAUCAGAGUAUUGGCAGCAUAGUUCCCGAAAGGGAUUGGCUUCCAUAGACCAUUUUUAGAAAAGAUUAUUGCAGAAUCUCAGCAGGCAGGUCUGUGACAGGAAAACGGACCUGCUUUCAGAUCAAAUCAGCCAGCCAGACAUUUGGGUACAGACACUACUUGGGGCUUGGUAUACUUGCUGGAGUCCAUAAAAAUCAGUGCUUGUUUUAGAAGACUUUUACCCACCCCCAAAUGGAAUGAGAGAAGGAGAAAAGUCAGGUGCUUUUCUCCCCCCUCCGUGUGUGCGUGUGCGUGUGCGUGUGUGUGUGUGUAGGCUGAGAUGCACAAUUUUUCCUUCUCAAUCAUGGCGGGAUCACAGAACUUUUAUACAAGUGAGAGCCAGGUCUCUGAAUAUCUUUUUGUAAAUAAUAAUAAUAAUUAAAAGCUCCUCACCAAAUUCAAGCUUGUACAUUAUAUUUUUUUUCAAUAUUUUUAAGUUUUAUUGUUUUGUAUGUAAAUAUGUGGACCCAGGAACUGUUAUGAAUGAGCAAAAAGUUACUGUUCAGGGGAGUGAUUCUGUUUAAUAAUCAGACAAAAUGUAGACGAGCUUUUUAAAGCCAUAUAGUUUUAAUCUGUACAGUAGGUACCGGCCUGUAUUAUUGUAACAAUAACUCUAGCAAUGUAUAGUGUAUCUAUAUAGUUUGGAGUGCCUUCGCUUCCAUGUGUUUUGGUUUUUUGUUUUGUUCUGUUUUUUACUUUUCCUUUUUAGAAUUUCCAUUGGUUUCCUUUAUCCAUGUCUCCCUGUGCAUCCCCUUUCUGUUUCACAAUAGUAACUCACAGCAGUAUCCUGCCCCUCCACAACCAUUUCGGUGAUGCCAUGCUCAGGAGUGGGAAGAGGAAACCAUGUUCAUAAUCUCACUUCAAGCCCUGGCUUUGUUUUAGUUUUGAAUGUCUGCUUCCUCUUCAGCAGUGACCGGUUUCAUUUCAUACUUGGUCCAUUCAGGGGCUUAGUACUGGGAGCCCUAGAGCUGGAGGAUAUCAAAUAGAUUAGAUUUUGCUCGUCUCUUCCACAAGCCCUAACCACGGGUCUUAACAGCAGACUAGGGAGCCUUCCAUGGUAGGUCUCUCUCUCUCUGUGUCCCUCCCUCCCUCCCCCUCUGUCUCCCUCCUGCCCAAAGGAAAGAGAAAGAGAGAAAUGAUUAGUUUUUUAUAAAUCAAGGUAUCUUCACAGUAUCGAGUUUUGAUACCUCAGUGGUCUAAAAUGCCCUAGUACAGUUGCUGGCAGUCUGUGGCCUGGAGUGUGUCUGUGCACAUAGAGGACUGCUGUUUUAACAUGGGGACUCUUAGCCCGUCCCCCUCUCCUGCCAUCUCUACCCCUAUUCAAUGAAAUGUCAUUUUAAUUUCUUUUAAAAAUCAGUUUUGUACUGUGUGCCCAACAUGUAGACCUUUUUUGAAAGAAAAAAAUAAAGUAUUUGUUUUGCCUCCAAGUACUCCAUAUAAAAUGUCUUGAAUAGAAGAAAAAAAUACCAAACCAAAGGUUACUAUUUUUGAAACAUCAUGCAUUCAUUCCAGCAAGGCAGAAGACUGCACCUUCUUUCCAGUGACAGGUUGUGUCAUUUUUAAAGUUCUCUUAAGUUUUAGACCCAUCUAAGUUUGUGUUUUAACAAAGUAUGCCUAACUAGUCAUCUUUGUCUGCACCAAUGCAAAGGUUUCUGAGAGGACUGUUGUAUUCUCUAUUCCUGUGGAUAUAAAGACACUGGCAUUUCAUUUAUUUUUCCCUUUCCUUUUUAAAGGAUUUAACUUUGGAAUCUUCCAAAGGAAGCUUGGCCAAUGCCAGAUCCCCAGGAAUUGGGGGCUUUUUUUGUUUUAAACCAAAAUCGUUAUCUGAUUCCUAUUCAUGUUAGUGAUAAUCUAAUCACAGAGACAAACACUUUUCUCUCCUAUGUAGAAAAAUAAGCAUGCUUUACAAUAAAUAUGUCUUUCCUGGUAGAAACCUGAGCCACUGAAAAACAAGAGACAACUAGAAGCACAGUAGUCCCAGACUAAGGUCUACCUUUGAGAGGCUUUGAAAGUAAUCCCUGGGGUUUGGAUUAUUUUCACAAGGGUCAAGCUGUUUUAUUCAACUUCGUUGCUCCGUUUUGCACCUCUGCAGUAAAAGCAAAAUGACAACCAGUACAUAAGGGGUUAGCUUGACAAAGUAGACUUCCUUGUGUUAAUUUUUUGGUGUUUUUUUUUUUUUCCUUACUAUAUCUGUCUUCAGGCAGAUAACAGAUAGAUGUAUGAAAAUGUGCUUGCCUGUAAAAUUUGCAUUUAUAAAUGUGUUGCCGAUGGAUCACUUGGGCCUGUACACAUACCAAUUAGCGUGACCACUUCCAUCUUAAAAACAAAUCUAAAAAACAAAUUUAUUAUUAUAUAUAUAUAUAUAUAUAUAUAAAGGACUGUGGGUUGUAUACAAACUAUUGCAAACACUUGUGCAAAUCUGUCUUGAUAUAAAGGAAAAGCAAAAUCUGUAUAACAUUAUUACUACUUGAAUGCCUCUGUGACUGAAUUUUUUUUUCAUUUUAAAUAUAAACUUUUUGUGAAAAGUAUGCUCAAUGUUUUUUUUCCCUCUCCCAUUCCCUUGUAAAUACAUUUCGUUCUAUGUGACUUGGUUUGGAAAUAGUUAACUGGUACUGUAAUUUGCAUUAAAUAAAAAGUAGGUUAGCCUGGAAAUGAAACUAAAAUUCCCAAGUGUGUGGUCUUUAUUUCAGUACCCAUCCCUCCUUCCUCACCCAGUUUUGCCACUGCACUAUGUAAGUCACCAUCUCCAUUCCUCUAAUGAUGGAAACAUGAAUAUUUGUUACAAAAAUCAAGGUGUGAACACCAAGUCACGUUCUUUCAAAUGACCUUCCUCUGCUAUUAUAGCCACAAGAGGUGCAGCUUCCAGCUUGGAAACCUUUGGAGUCAAUGUAAAGGAAGUUUUGCAGACACUGCUUUGAAGAGAGAAAACAGCCCUAAAAGAGUUGUAAAAACAUGUAUAAGCUGCUGUCUUUGGUUACUAUUUUCGUAGUUUGGUGUAGCUGUAUUUUCUUUUUCAUUUUAUUAGUAAUGAUCUUUGGGGAUCUCUGUAAAAUACAUGAAUACCACAAAUGGGGGCUGUCCCUCCCAGGUAACCAAUAUGUUGUGUUUGAGUCUGCUCAUUUCCAAUAUUGGAUGGUGUAUGUAAACAUGUUAUGUCUCUUAGUGCAAAAAGAAACAUUUUUUUUAGGGCUGACUCACUCUGUCAGGCCUGAUCUAAAGGCUAGAUAUAAGGUCAUGUGACUGCUGCUUCAAUAAAAACAAAUUUAUAUUCCACAAA